AUUUUCUUUCUUUAACGCUUGGGCUCUCUUCUUCUCUCCAUUCGUUUUGUUCCGUCUCAUUUCUCUCUUCUUAUCAACAUCCAUUCUCAUCCUUAUUAAUUAACAACCCCCGGUCUGACCGUUUUCAGCCAUCAGUGAAUCAAUCUUCGCAAUCGCGUCGACGUCUCUCGCUACUCUUCCAUUUCCAUCAGCUCGCGACUCCUUUUCUGUCGGAUUCGAUUUUCGCAUACGCUUUAUCUAUCAAGUCAACAACUCAUUUCCGUAACAGCGCCCGCGUGAGCUACUGUGCCUUAAUUUGGACAUACGACCGCCCCGACCGAAACCACCGCGUCGCUAUCGCAUCUGACUAAAAGUUGUUCCCAUCAACCAUCGUCCGUCGAGCGAUAUCGACGAGCGUUUUCAUUUCUUCUUCGACUUAUUUCACUGUGACUCCAGGGCUGGAGUCUCUUCUAUGUCGGUCAUGACUACUCGAUUGGACUCUCGCAAAUCGCUUCUAGGGGCGGACAACGGCUACGGAUACGGCCACUCAUACAACAACUCAUACGACAACAGCUACGCUCCAUCUCCUGUUCCAUCGCCACAGCCUAUUCCUCAGCCUCCCGCAUUCCAGGCCGCCGUUGAGCCAACAUACAACCAAGGUUUCGCUUACCGGGAAGGACUUACUCCUUCAGUUCCUUCACAAAGUAUGAAGAACGGCAAGAUCGAUUUCAUGAAGAGCCGAUGGCCGGCUUGCUUCAUGGCUGUUUCUCUCCUGCAGGCCAUCCUCUGUAUCUGCUUUGAAGCAUACAUCUUUGGCAAAUUCCAGGUCAACCUUGGCACUCACAACCCCGAUCCCGAAGUUCAGUCUCAGUACAAGACUAUCCCUACCUUCUUGACGCUCUUUAUUUUCGGAUUUCUCUACACUCUCGUUGUCGUUUGGGAUGCUCUCCGCCAAAAGAACACCAUUCAAAUCAUUGGUGUCUGCUUUUCCAACCUCGCCCUCAUGGUUUAUACCACCAUCCAAGUCGAUCAAAUCAAAGAGGCUUUUGAUAUUCUCGGUGAACACAGCGCCCUCCGACCUGAAAUGCCUGCCACAGAACUCUGGCACGAUGUGAAGCCUUACCUUGUGGCUAUCCCCGCCAUCAUUGCCCUUGCUACCCUUGUCAUGGGCUUUCUUUCUUGGAAGAUCUACCAAGAGUAUGCUUGGGAUAUUCUCAAGAACAUUGGUGCUGAUUAUCGCAUGAAGAAACGAUUCCUUCACUACCAGAUUUACAUUGCUCUGCUCAAGUUCGAUUUCUUCUUCUUCCUCGGCUUCAUCGUUCAGUUCGUUGUCGUUGUCGCCGACAAGGAUGAUCCCGAAUUCGCCCUUACCAUCGUCACCAUUCCCAUCACCAUCUUGAUUCUUCUUGCCGCUGCUUUCUUCACCCGUCGCGAGAACAAGGCCGGCAUGAUUGCAAUCGUCGUUCUCUACCUCGGAGGUCUCAGCUACUUCAUCUUCAAGCUGGUUCGAAUUUACCAGCCCGGACACAAGCAAAACUACGAAGCCGUUCGCCGAUCAUUGACCGCAUUCGCUGUCAUCACCAUUCUCCUCAUCAUUCUCACUAUUAUCAACGCCAUCGUGUGCAUGCUCAACUUUGGCAAGGGACUCAAGCCUCACCUCCAGGCUUUGUCUCGCAAGCGCAAGGUCGAGGAGAAGCCCGACGUCAACUCCAUCAACAUGCAAGAUGUCAAGCCCCAGAUUCCCAGCCGCAUGACCAUCGAUUAAGCGGCCAUUAGCAAGUCGCGCGGUUCCCCACAAGCAUUUCGGGAGCACCGCUGUACAAAGACACGAAUUUACGAAAGGAUACAAAAAAAUUCCCCUUUUCAAUGGCACCAGUCACAUAGGGCAGGCUCGGAAUGGACGGUGACCAAACGGUGCGGCGUCAACAGAAGGCGACGAGAUGAUAUCCCUUGGUGUCGGAAGCUUGCUUGGACUUUUUUAUCAUUUUUAUAUUUCUAUUUGAUUUGGUUGUUUUUUGUUUCCUAUGUUAGACCCAACCAUUUUAGGCGUUCAAUGCUCCACAUGGAAUGAGAUCCAGGAGCCAAUAUCUAGUUCCUUUGUUGUUACUUUUUACUUUGUCCCUCGGUCGGCUGGGUUGUGGAAUUUCAUGUCCAGAUACUCCAUGAUCAGUUAAAAAAAUAAAAAAUAGGAAACUCACAAUACGUCCACGUCCA